AAGAGGGAAAAGAAAAUGGAUUCGACAUCAGGUGGUGGUGGUGGAGGUGCAUCGGAGCCUAACUCAGGUGAGGGUCCUUCCGGAACAGGCGGUGGAGUAGGAGACGGAUCGUCGGCAGCGCCACCGAGUCGUUACGAGUCACAGAAAAGGAGAGACUGGAACACCUUCUUACAGUACCUCAAGAACCACAAACCACCUUUAUCGCUCGCAAGGUGCAGUGGAGCACACGUAAUCGAGUUCCUCAAAUACUUGGAUCAGUUCGGGAAGACGAAGGUGCACCUCUCUGGUUGUGCUUAUUUCGGUCACCCAAACCCACCUGUUCCAUGCGCGUGUCCUCUUAGACAGGCAUGGGGGAGUCUCGACGCGCUCAUCGGACGGCUUAGAGCGGCUUACGAGGAAAACGGUGGACGUCCUGAGUCGAAUCCGUUUGGGGCUAGGGCUGUGAGAAUUUAUCUGAGGGAAGUGAGAGAAGGACAAGCCAAAGCUAGAGGGAUUCCUUAUGAGAAGAAGAAACGAAAGCGACCUACCACGGCGGCGACAACAGCAACGGUGGCUAAUGCAUCAACUGCAGCGGCGGAAGAUGGUACUAGUGGUGGUGGUGGCUCUUCCGAAGCUGGGGCUGCUCCUACUGUUGCUAUUGCUCCAUCUUCUACUUCCGUAUAGCUUCCUCUUAAUUCUUCUCUUCUUUUGUCUAUUUUUACUCCUAUUUUUAAGUUUUUAUUUAUUAAUAUGUGGCAAUUUUCUCUUA